GGCCGCGAGCUCACUGCCUCCUCUCGUCGUCGACGUGUGGGCCAAUCCAACAGGGCUCCACAUCCCCGAGGUGCAGCGGCUGUUUGAGCAGAGCCAUGCCGACCCGUCGCUCUCCGCGCGGCGGCUCCGGCCCGACGAGCUCAUCGCGCUCAUGGACGAAGCGGGCGUGUCGCAAAUCUGCCUCGCGGCGUGGCACCGGCCGGGGCAGACGCUCUUCUCCAACGCCGCCGUGGCCGAGUACACGCGGGCGUACCCGACGCGCAUCGUGGGGCUCGCGUCGGUGGACCUGCAAGGCGACCCCGUGGCGGCGGUGCGCGAGCUCGAGCACUACGUGCGCGUCGAGGGCUUCAAGGGCCUGCGCGUGGUGCCGUGGCUCUGGAACCUGCCGCCGACGGACGCGCACUACUGGCCGCUCUACGUAAAGUGCGUCGAGCUCGACGUGCCCUUUUGCACGCAGGUCGGGCACACGGGGCCGCUGUGCCCGAGCGAGGUCGGACGGCCGAUCCCGUACGUCGACGAGGUGGCGCUCAAGUUCCCGGACCUCAAGAUCGUGUGCGGGCACGUCGGGUACCCGUGGACGGCGGAGAUGGUGGCCGUGGCGUGGAAGCACGCCAACGUCUACAUCGACACGAGCGCCUGGUCGCCGCGCUACUACCCGCCGGAGCUGACGACGUUUGCCAGCACGACGGGGCGCGCAAAGGUCAUGUUUGGGACCAACUUUCCGCAGCUGGGGUGGAAGGCGUGCGUCGAUGGGGUCUACAGGCACCACGGGGGGCGGGGGACGCUCAAGGAGGAGGUGCUGGCCGACUUUAUGGGGGGCAACGCUAGGAGGGUGUUUAAGCUGCCCGACGUGGCCUCCACGGAGGAGAAAAAGACGACGACGACGUCGACGACGCAGUCAAGGCUUUGACGAUGGGGAGAAGCGGGCGGGUGGAUGCAGGUUAUUGCUGUUGACAGUUGGACGACACGAUGGACGGCGGCGUUCCCCUCAGGUCCCCUUACCGAGGCAUUGCGCCCUACUUGAGUCUGUCAGUCGUUAUUGCGAUGUGACGAAAUGAGCACUCGCUUUUGUUAUCAUUCUGCAAGGGAACCAAGUGAAAAGAAG